AUGGAGGAACUAGUGGUGGAUCUUUCUUCAAACGAAGGAAUUAUUUUAAACCUCAUCUGGACCUAUGCUGGUAUAGGUGCAAUUCCACUUACCGCAGCGUCGAGUCGUAAUGUUGUACUACUAAAGUUCUCAGAUGGAAGAGACUCUAUUAAGAGUCUUCCUACGGUUCUGGACUACGUCUUCAAAACUUUGGAGCAUCAAUCACUUCUUAUUCCCUCGGAUAUUGCCUUACAGGGUACCAUGGACUCAUUCAUUGACUUAGCAUAUAAGCAUAAUUUCGACAUACUAGAUUUGGAGUCCUUAAGGAUUCUGGACAAUUACCUCUUAAACGAAACAUUUUUAGCUGGUUAUUCCGUAACAGUAGCAGAUCUGGUUAUAUUUGUAUCAGUUUAUAACUGGGUGUUGCGUUCCAAACAGAAAGAGCGUCUAGAAUUCGGAAAUCUCAUGAGAUGGUUCGACCACAUACAGCAUCUUCCCGAGAUUAUUACAUCGAUUGAAGGGUUUUCAUUGAUAUCGCUUUUUGAUGAGAAGCUUGUGAUCACAAAGGAGAAGAAGGCGACAAAAACUGCCUCUAAAAAAGAUGCUGAGGGGAAGAAAGUUAAAAAAUCAGAGGUUCCAGUUGAAACAAGGCCUUAUGACGAUGUUACACGUUUAAAUAUAUUGGUUGGAUUGGUAAACUCCAUUAGAAAGCAUCCCGGUGCAGAUAAACUCUACUGUCUAAAAAUAGACAUUGGAACAGAAGUACGCAGUAUAUGUUCAGGUCUGGUUGAGUUUUUGGAGCCAGACCAAAUUCUUAACAAGAAGGUUUGCGUGUUAGCAAACUUACCACCUAAAGUCUUGCGCGGUGAAGAGUCGAAUGGAAUGGUUUUGUGCGUGUCAAAUGAAGAUCAUACAGUAGUACAACUAUUAGAGCCACCAUCAGAUACUCCAGUUGGGGAGCGUAUUUCUUUCGAUGGUUAUACGGGGGAACCAGAUGGUGUUCUAUCUACUAAAAAAGGAAAAGAGACGUUUUAUAUGGUCCAAAAGGAUUUCAUUUGUCGUGACCGUAUUGGAUACUACAAGGUAGUUUCCACACAUAAUUCUUGCUUAAUUAUUGAACGCAGGAUUCCAACUUUCGUACCUCAAAGGGUGUUUGCUGUUGCUCAUCUAUAG